AUGAAGACGGCAAUACUCUCCCUCGUAUGGCUUACGGGCCUCGCCGCAGGCCAGAGCAGCUCCGGGUCAGCGUCCGUCAUCACUUUAACUGGAUCGCUACGAAGUUUCUCCAACGACAAUGCGCCCAAGCCAACUGUACCCUCGGAUUUUGAGGGCAGCACAUUCGCAACAAUAACUUCGUCUUAUGCAUCGGCAUCGAGUGGUAGCCGAAUGUCGUCAAAUGCAACUGCUUCCGUCACAAGCACCGAGGACCCUGUCACCAAGAUCGGAGGUAGCAACAAGACCAUGACGACACCAACUGGUACCGAAACGGCCCCAGCUCUUCCAUCAAACACACAACCGUGCAACAACUACCUCGAGUUUUGCACUCGCAAGUACUCUAACAUCACUGAAGUAGCCGCCCACAACUCGCCGUACACGCGAAAGAAUAACAUUGCGCGCAACCAAGAGUACAGCGUAACACAACAACUCAAUGAUGGAAUCCGCGUGCUACAAGGAUCUGCUCACUAUGUCAAUGGCACGCUGUACUUCUGCCAUACCUCGUGCGACCUGCUCAAUGCUGGUACCGUCGAAGAUUACCUCCGUGAAGUUACAGAAUGGGUGGAAGCCCAUCCUUUCGACGUCAUCACCAUUAUUUUUGGAAACUCGGAUUGGGAUAAAAUGGACGGCAGCGGCAAACCCCUCGUCACUUCAGUCAACUUCGCCGAACCUGUCAAAAACUCCGGUCUCCUCAAAUACGUCUACCAACCACCCAAGACCGCCAUGGAACUGAAUGACUGGCCCACACUUGCCGAGCUGAUUCUGAACAACGACCGCGUCAUCACCUUUAUCGACUACAACUUUGAUACCGAGGCAGUGCCGUACAUGCUGUGGGAGUUCUACAACAUGUGGGAGACGCCCUUCUCGCCUACUGACGUUCAGUUCCCCUGCACGCUUGGCAGACCGGAGGGCAUGUCAGAAAACAAGAUGAGGGAGAUUAUGUACAUGGCGAACCACAACCUGAACGCUCAAAUCGCUUUCGCUGGCCUGAACCUUCUAGUCCCCAACGUCGCUCAGAUCAACCAGACCAACGGACUAAACGGAACUGGUAGUCUGGGUCUUAUGACAAACACAUGCAUCAGCAACUGGGACCGUCCCCCGAACUUCCUCCUCGUCGACUUCUACGACGACGGUUCCUUCGAGGGCUCCGUCUUCGAAGUCGCCGCGCGCGCCAACAACGUCACAUACAACCGCAAGUGCUGUGGUACCAAAUCACUGGGCAACAUGCUACUUCAAACCCAGUGCCGCAUACUUUGGCUUCAUCGUCACGAUUACCGUGGCGCUAAUGCUAUAAGCUACAAAUGAUUUCCUUUUAGUGUCGGCCGAUGCCAUCACAAGAUGGUGAGAGAAAGUCUGGUUUACAUGCAAACAGCGCGCAUCUGCAGGCGUUUUGGCUAUUUGUCACUUUUAAUGGCCUUUUCUUUCAUAUAUAUAAUGAUAGCGUUCUGUCAUCUUGAAUGGUGUUCGGGAAAAGGAAUUUUUUUAC